UUUAAUAUUUGUUGUUGACAUUUUCACUUGCAUUUAAUUAGAUUUUUCACAAGACGUAAAAAAAUAAUAGAAAAUAAUACAGAAAAGUGCUUUAUCCACAAAUAAAAGUGUCAAAAUCUAUUAGCAAAUAUAAAAGGCCAUAAAUGAGUGUACAAAAUGAAUUCGCAACAGCCAACACAAUAUAAUUUUAAAGUUGUUCUACUUGGGGAGGGGUGCGUGGGAAAAACAUCGAUUGUUUUGCGAUAUGUCGAGGAUAAAUUCAAUCCUCAGCAUAUAAGUACACUACAGGCUUCAUUCCUCACCAAGAAGGUGACCCUAGAAAAUGGCAGCAAGGUGCAAUUGAAUAUCUGGGAUACUGCCGGACAGGAACGUUUUCAUGCUCUAGGACCCAUAUACUAUCGGGGCUCUCAUGGUGCCAUACUAGUGUAUGAUAUCACCGAUCAAGACUCGUUUCAAAAGGUAAAAAAUUGGGUUAAAGAACUUAAACGUAUGCUAGGCUCUGAAAUAAUCCUAGCCAUAGCAGGCAAUAAAAUAGACUUGGAAGAGCAUCGUACAGUAAUGGAAGAGGAUGCGUUGUCAUAUGCUGAAAGUGUAGGUGCUCAUUAUUUUGAAACUUCUGCCAAAACAAAUGACAAUGUAGAAGAAGUAUUUGUAGAGCUAACAAGACUUAUGGUGCAACAUGCCCAACAAAACAAUCAAAAACAAAGAACAAUGACUCAACAGCAAUUCGGCCAAAGACGUUUAAUCGUAGAAGAUUCCACAGAAGGCAAUGAUGGUAAUCAAACCCAAGUGCCUGAAGGUUCUCGUUCCUGUUGUGGUUAAAAUGUUGUUAUAAAGGGUUAAUAAAUAAUCCCACCACAUUUAUUCACCCAACCACCCAAAAACAUUUCUCUACAUUAAACAAUAAAAAUGUGCAGCAGUAAUAAAAGUAUACCAACCCUGCAUAUGUGAACGAGUAACUGUAGUAGUUUAAUUAUUUAAAUAAAUAAAUUUAUGUGAUAAAAUUAUUAAAUUAAACAAAAAUAUAUAAAGAAAAUCGUAUGUAUGUUUAUAAAGUACAUAUAGUUAAUAUUAUAUUGUUAAUAAUUUGUUUAUUUCUACUUAUUCUUAAAAAAAAAUAGCUUAGAAAUUUUUCAUUUCUAUUAUUUUCUCUACUUCUACUUUAAAAAGUAGCUCAAGCUUUUAUGUAUCAAAUGUAUCAUGUCUCUGUAAAAAUUAAAAAAAAAUGCUUGUCCA